AUGGGGAUCGGGGCCGAGGUCACCGUCUCCAUUGUAUUUGGGGUCUUCAUGGCCAUUAUUGCUCUCUUGGGCUUGUGGCAGGUCGCCCAUUACGCGGCGCGAAGCCUCCGAACACCCAAUCACCAGAACAGUUUCGAGCUUGAGGCCUGA